CUCUCUCCCCCUCUUCUCUUUGACGGCGGAGAUCGCCGGAGCUGCCGCCGCCGCCAUCGAGAUCCUUGGCUCGCCGCUAACCUUUCCGGAACCAUACGUGCUGAAUGGAUUUCUAUCGCAACCAUCGAUCGGGAACCUCCGCCCAGUCUCGCCUCAUUGGACUCCUCUCCCGCCCCGGUGGUGACUCGAUCGCCGGGAACUCCGGCGUCGGCGUCGAGUUGCAUGAGGAUGAGUUAUUCUGGUCUGGCUCUGACUCUCCCGAGCCGAUAAUCUCACAGAAACCUUCAUCUGCUGCCACGCUCGCCACCGAAAACCCUAACCGGAGAUCCUCCCCUUUCCGCCGAAUCCCAGAGAAGAGCUCCGGCAUUCUUGCUGCCCUCGUGGAGGACGACAAAAAGGGUGCCGAUGUUGCUGCCGCGCAGCUUCUCCAGCGCAAGCCAUCGACCGCUGCUUCAUCAGCUUCCACUUCGCCGUCUUCGGCUCGAAUGAUCCCGGCGAUCCCCAAGCCCAAGACGGAUUACGGUGGCGGGAAGCCUUUCCAUCAGUCGGCCCCAGUCAACAUCCCGAUUCCACCGAGGUUUGCUAGGCAUAGGUACGAGGCCAGUGGUGGAGCGGGGGAGGUUGAUGAGGCGGAUGGUGAUGAUGACGAAAUGCUGCCGCCGCACGAGAUCAUCGCGAGGAGGUCUGGACUGGGGACUCCAAUGACGUCGUUCUCGGUGCUGGAGGGCGUUGGGCGGACGCUCAAAGGGAGGGACCUGCGCCAAGUGAGGAAUGCUGUCUUCCGCAAGACAGGUGCCCACCAUUUCAUCUUUGGUGACUUCUGGUUGAGGUGAGGCCAAAGGAAAUGAUCUGUUUUGGGGUUGAAUGACGAUGAGUUCAUCAAUUGGAGGUUUGCACUUUCUUAAAUUUAUGUAAAUGAAGUCAGUUGUCCCUCCUGUAACCUGCAGCAAUGUUGUGUCAUAAUAAUUAAACCUCUAUUUAUCAUACAAACUGCAACAGGAGGAUUCAACCAUCUGUAUUUAUCUGUCAGUUGAAAUAACUAUUCUGUAGACCUGAUUGUGAAGUUGCUGCAAAUUUUGCUUUCUGGUUACCAGGACAGUGAAUUUUUUUGUUUGCUUGGUGGAUUAAGAAAUUGCCCUUAUUUUGUUCCACUUUUCAGGAAUGAACAUCAUCCCAGCGAUUGUCAGGAUGUAUACUACAAUCAAUAGCAAAAAAGAGUAUAAAUUCUUAUGGCGGAGCUCUCUUCAUGUCCAAAUUUAAGCAGAAGAGUGGAAAGGCAUGGUGAGCAUUUUAUAACAAUAUCCGUUGCAUAUGGCCAUUAAGCCUUAAAGCAGGAAGGAUGCAAGGUACCCUGUCCUUUCUAAUUCUUCUAAAUACUAACUAACUCUCGUAAAAAUUUUGUUGAACUGUACUUUAAUAUCAGAAGUGAAACUCACAUAGUACAUUCAUAGCACAUUGCUUUCACCACACUUGGAUCAUAAAAUCACAUGACCACAAGGAUGUGGUAGUUGCAGUGUAAUAAUGUUACUUCCCUUUAAGUGUCAGGGGCCAUAUUUUUUACAAAUGUACUACCUCACCGGAAAAAAUCUUUGACUCAUUUGCAAGGAUUUCAGACUUGAGGAAGCUGGGGAAAGGUAGAUCAUGCAAUCCAGGGCCUCAGAAAAAUACUUACUACUGGUAAUCUUCAUUCUCUAUUGAACUUUCAUUGAUUGACUAGCGAGCUCCUUGUUUAUAUUUGAAUUGUGCCACACAAUGAACUCUCACACUCAAGCACUUGUUAUGGCUUUCUUUAUCUAGCAGUUAGUGUUCUCCUCUUCCUAUUGUUCAUCACUAAUGCUCAGCUCUGAACUUGCAAUGUGUUGAAGGGGGAUGAGUUACCUGCCUUGACUGCUCUCCUCAUUAUGAGCUUUCCUAUUCUCACUCUCUCAAUAUCUCACUCAUUUUUACUUUUGUAAAUUAUGCUUACCAGGCUAUGUUUGCAUGGAUGCAGGAGUAAAAGUAACAAUUAACAGCAGUAAUACGAAGUCCUUAUCGACAAACAACACUGACAAACAAGAAGGGACAGUUUGAAGCUGAAAUCCCUUCAACCACUUCAUCUGCCAAAUGCUUUGCCAAGCUCCUCGGAGGUCUUGUCCAGCAAAGU